AUGUCCGAAGAUCAUAACCGUUUCAGCCGAAGUCGUUCACUCCAUGUAAAAGGCCGUUUUACAGGCACAAGUUUGGGAGUUACAUGUGCACCUGUACCACCAAAAUACAGCACGGUCCCCUUCGCCUUUAUUCCUCCAAACGAGUGGCAGAAAAGAAUAAAAGAUUUCCGAAGUAGAAUAGGAUGCUCACCAGAGAGAAUAAAUCAAACUUCGGAGAUAUCGGAGUUGUUCAUCUGCAAUGAACGGUGCAUUCAAGGUGGAAUCGGCUAUGUUCCAAGUCUUAUUAUGCUUUUAUCAUUUUCAGUAGCAUUCAUCAAAAACUGCUUGAUGUGA